GAGAUGCGCUUGGACAUGUUGGAAGAACAUGAGGAGCAGAUGAAAAAAGUGCGUGAAGAGAAGGAGGCAGUGGCAGAAUGCGAUGAUUACUCCAACAAGCUGGAGCUGGGCGGGAAAGGAAUAUCUGGCCAGAACUUGCUAGACCCCAUUAGAAACCAAAAGCCAAGCUUUACUUCUGGAAAGCGCGUGCGGGAAAAAGACAAGCUUCGAGCUCUAGACAGUGAGAUCGCGCGAAGCGAGCAUCAAAAGGAGAAGGAGGAAUCGGACGAGACCUACGAAACGAUGGAGAAGGACCUGGUGAAUGAGAACCAGAAGCUCAAGCGCCAAGUGGGGCAAUUGGAGGAAAUGACAAGGCUGCUUGGAGAAAGCAACAAAGAGGUGAGGAGGGCAGAGGCCUGGUAUUGGCUCCUCUGCAUGGACGAGGAACCCUGCGGCUAUUGCGCCUGCAUACCGCAGCGCUGUUUCCUUGGGGAGUGGAGCCAGGAGUCACGGCAAUUUGGUCUGCAGCUGCUGCAUGCGUUUCGAAAUAAUUUGGGGCGUGCUCUUGGGGGAUGUGAGGGAUCUGGGAGUCGAUCAAAGACAUCAGAGACCCAUGAAUCCCAUGAGAUGCCGAUGGCCAAACUGGAUUUCGAUCAGCUGGCUUUUCAAUAUGUAGAAGAUGGAUUUCCUGCCGUGUCGAGCGAGGCUGUGCUCUCCAUUCCGGCGCUGGAUGCAUCCACGUACCAGGACGGCACCCCGAUCGUCGAGAACGAGGUCCAGGGAUUCCAUGGGACGCGCAGUAGCAUCCUGCCUACGAUAUUGAUGCAGGGACUGCGGUCCUCCAAACGAAGUCACGGGGAAAAUGGUGAAGCCACUGAGCAUUGGAGACAGACAGAAUCGCAUUUCGAGGAGUUCGUGCAGCAGUGGGAUCCCUCCACACCUGAGUUUGUGGAGAUGGAAGUUCGUCCAUUUAGAUGGGUUGUGAUCUGCAAGCCCUUGCUGCAAGCACUUAGCCAAAGGUUUGCGAGCUCACCUGAUGGUAGCAAGAUCUCGCUGAGUGCUGGCUUCACUUUCCGGUGGUGCCACAUGGCCUUUAGUCGCUCAGCUGUGCGGUG